ACCCACUUGUUGUGCGAGUUUCAUUUCUGUUUUUGUUUAUUUCCUUGUUUAGUCUGAAUUACAACGGUACUGCGACCAUAAAAUGAGCGAUACCAGCAAAUUUGUAAUUGAAUUCUGUGAUAUUAUUGACUCUUAUGGAGGUCGUGAUAAGGUGAUGAAAGCAUUAUGCUAUAGUGCAAAACUUGUGGCCGGUUAUCAUGCCAAGAGGAAUCCGGAGUUGGCUAAGCGGUAUGCCAUAGCUAGUUCAAAAAUCUCUGGAGCUAGAGCCACACUUCGUCUGAUCGAUGAUAUACCCAUGAUACAAUAUGCUUUGGAGUAUGGUUUGGGUGAAAACGAACCGGAUAAGAUUAUGGCCAUCUUGGGUGUAACGGCCAACAUUGUCGAUCUACUGUACUAUCCCAUUGAAAAGAUUUGCUGGCUAUCAGAGCAUAAGAUUGUGGAUGUAAAACAUGCAGAUGGUUGGGAUAACCUGAACUCUAUAUUCUGGGUGCUAUCAGUCUAUCUAAAUCUAAUGAGAACAAUGCGAAAUUUCACUUUAAAUCAGGAAAAGCUCAAUCGCAGUCAUAAACUAUGCGAUCCCAAUAGCAUUGAUACUAAAUCUUUGGCCAAACAUCGCCUCGAAUUGAUGUCAAUUGUGCGUAUCUCUUUGGAUUUUGUUCAUGCUGUAAGCACAUUACCCAAGGGCUAUCUCUGGGGAGGAAAACUAACUACAUUCCAAGUUGGUGCCAUUGGAACUCUAUCUGCUGGCUUGGGAAUCUAUCAAAUCUUUGCUAAGCGAAGACUAAACAAAUAACUCACCUCUAUAUAUGUAUAUGUAAUUUAAAUGUUAAUGUAUAUGCAAUAUUUGUUGAACAGAAAACGAAAGCUAGUCGGUAAAUUGUUUACAAAACUUUUGAACAGUUUGUAUUGCUUUUGGCAAAAAUUUUAAACUCAUUUAAUGUGGAAACGUCUGAGUCCAUUUUUUAUUUAUAUGGAAAUUCAACAAACGUUUCUAUUAAACUCGAUGUUUUUUUUUUGUGAUUGGGCACUAAACAGAUGAUAUAUCUAUAUUUUUUGUAUUGUAAUUAGAAUAUAAGAUCACAAUUGUGAGGCACAAAUAUAUACAAACCAUUCAA